AUAGAAGUAGCUUAACUUCGAAGUAUUCAGCGACUCUAAAAUCGGCACCGCCAAAAUCGUCGGAUUUGUCACACGCUUUCUCACCACAGCCGCUCCUUCUCCUCGUCCCGAUCCUCGCCGAGUAUCUACGCCAAACCUAUAUAUACCCCCACACAUCUCUACAUUCCCAUCAUAACAACCAAGCAAGCAUUUUCUACAACUUUCGUAUACGCAUUAUUAUCAAGUUUUCAAAAUCUUCCCAAAAACUACGAUCAUGGCCGAAUCAAACCCAAAAAUUCAACCCGAAGUGGCUGAGAUUGAGGAAGUAGAGAGGCUCAAGUACCUGGAGUUCGUGCAAGUGGCGGCGCUGCACGCGGUGGUGUGUUUCGCGAGGCUCUACGGCUACGCCAAGGACAACUCCGGCCGUCUCAAGCCAUCGGUCGACACAGUCGAAGGCACCGUCAAGACGGUUGUCGGCCCAGUCUACGAUAAGUUCCAUGACGUCCCCAUUCAAGUUCUCAAGUUCGUCGAUCGCAAGGUUGAUGUCUCUGUAAAUGAGUUAGACCGUCGUGUGCCACCAGUCAUGAAAAAGGCAUCAACCCAAGCCUUUUCAGCUGCUCAAAACGCUCCAACAGCUGUUCGGUCUGUGGUAGCACAAGUCCGGCAUGUCAAUGUGGUCGACACUGCCUCAGGACUCGCAAAGAACGCAUACACAAAGUGCGAGCCAGCUGCGAAGGGGCUUUACUCCAAGUACGAGCCAGUGGCUGAGCAGUAUGCCGCGUCAACUUGGCGCUCCCUCAAUCGACUCCCACUGUUCCCUCGGGUGGCCCAAGUUGUGGUGCCAACAGCUGCCUACUGUUCUGAAAAGUACAACCUGACAGUAUGUUCUACGGCUGAGAAGGGAUAUAGAGUCUCAUCUUAUCUGCCAUUGGUGCCCACAGAGAAGAUUGCCAAGAUUUUCAGUGUAAAUGAUGAGGCUAUGACUGAACCAUUGGUCAGCAGCCAGGAAGAGAGAGCUGUCUCAGCUCAUUGAUCAAUAUCGGUUAUGUUGAUGCCAUAUAAAAACACUUUUAUGUAUGUGGGAACAUGAAGAUGUCAUCAUCAAAGAAUAUAAGCUGCUAGUUUUUUUUUUUUAUUAUGUGUUUUGUUGAAUAAUGUUAGCACUGCGCUGUCUCUUUUGAAUUCAUUGAUUAUAAAUGAAAUAUUUUUCUUCUUA